UAAUUCUAGAAAAUUCCUCAAAAAUAGCCCCCCUCAAAAUCCUUUUACUCCUUUUUCAUCCCCUUUUAUUCCUCCUUUCUUCUUCCUCUCCUUUCUUCAUCCCGCUCCCACUCACUUUCUCUCUCCUCCUUAAUUCCUGAACCCUAGAAGGCAAAUUGAAGAAGUUGAUUACGUAGAUUAACGAAGAAAAUGGGUCAGAUCCAGUACUCUGAGAAGUACUUUGAUGAUACUUAUGAAUACAGGCAUGUUGUUCUUCCAGCUGAAGUCGCUAAACUUCUUCCCAAGAAUCGCCUUUUGACUGAGAACGAAUGGCGGGCGAUUGGAGUUCAGCAGAGUCGUGGUUGGGUUCAUUAUGCCAUCCACCGUCCAGAGCCGCACAUCAUGUUGUUCAGGAGGCCACUCAACUUCCAGCAGCAGCAGGAGAAUCAAGCUCAAGGCAUAAUGGCCAAGUGACAAGAUGUAACGAAUUAUGCUGUUGUAGACCAUUUCUUAAACUCUAGAAAUGAAGUACUAGUGCUCAUGUGGGGGUGAACCACUCGUCGUCUAGAAUGCUUUUAAACAAAUUAGGUAUUGUGAGUUUGUAGCAUCUGCCAUCUAAGUAUGCUUUAUGAACUAGUUGAGCACUAUGUCCUUGAUGUUACUAAUAUAUUUUGGAACCCACUGUAAUUCUCUUGUUUGAGAAUGAUGUGUUAGUUUCUGUUUGCCUUCAAUCGUUUUGGUUAUUUCUCUGAUGUUGACGUACUUUAGAAAAUUCGUGUCUGGCUUUAUAUCUGAUGUUGAUGUUCUCAUU